GUGUGUAUAUCUCAACCCCCUACAGUAGCCAAGAGAAAGCAGCUAGCCAAUGGGAGAGCCCAGUUUCAUAAAAGCUGCUCUCUGAUUGGCCCGAUGCGAAAGGGCAUUGGGAACAAAGAAAAGUCCCUUUCAGGUAUACAGGCUGAGAGCUCCUCUGGCUCCGCUCCCCCUGUGCGUGUGUGGUGUUUCAGUUCUGAUUCCACUGUUCCAGAACAAGCUUGGUGUGUGUGUGUGUGCACCGGGGGGAUUUCUGUGUUCUGGUUUUUGUGGUUUUUUUUUUUUUGCUUUUUUUUAUUUUUUAUAAAAAAAAAUACACGGGACGGUCUGUGACAUUUGCUGGUCCAUCUUUAAUAAUAAAAAAAAAAUUGAAGAGAUUAUAAUUUCCAAAAUAAAGCGGCUGCAACCAAACACACUCAAUGCAGUUAGAAGGAAAAGGUCAACUCGCUCCCAUACAGACCGAGAUGGUGGACCUCGUGUGAAGGGUGUGAGAUCCCUGGACACAUUCUUGGGGCAGGAAAAAGCAGAAGAUUGGAAGAUUUUUUUUUUUUUUUCUUUUAAGAGAAAGCCCAGCGGAGUUAAACGAAUGUCCCCUCAUCUCCCAAGGAAAGUUCAUCGGAUUUUUAAUCUAGAGAGCUCAUCUUCAGGAUGUCCGUGAACGUUUCGACUGCAGGAAAAGGUGUGGAUCCAAAUACAGUUGAUACUUACGACAGUGGCGAUGAUUGGGAAAUCGGGGUUGGAAAUUUAAUCAUUGAUUUGGACGCCGAUUUGGAGAAGGACAGACAGAAAUUUGAGAUGAAUAAUCCCACUAACACCACUACCAACAGCAACACUAAGGAUUGUGGAGGUCCGGCCUCCAAUGGGACCGGUGCUACCUCAGCCUUAGCUGAUGGCCUAAAAUUUGCUUCUGUUCAGCCCUCCGCUCCCCAGGGGAAUUCACACAAAGAGACCAGCAAAUCAAAAGUGAAAAGGGCUAAAACUUCUAAGGAUGCUAAUAAAUCUCUGCCUUCUGCUGCCUUGUAUGGAAUUCCCGAGAUCAGCAGCACUGGCAAGAGGCAGGAAGUCCAAGGGCGCCCUGGAGAGGCUGCUGGCAUGAAUUCAGCGCUGGGUCAAAGUGUGAGCGGCGGCGGCGGCGGCGGCGGCGGCGGCAACCCAAACAGCAACGGUACCAGCACCGGGACCUCGGCUGCCGCCGCGGGGGCAAGCUCCUGUGGGAAAAACAAGGAGGAGAAGCCAGGGAAAAGCCACAGCAGCCGAGGCGCCAAACGGGAUAAGGAUGCUGCGAGAUCCCGGAAAGACAAGCACGACCUGCUGCAGGUCCACCAGAAUGGCAGCGGAGGUCAGGCCCCCUCCGGUGGUGGGCACCUCUAUGGCUUUGGGUCCAAGAGCAAUGGAAGCGGUGCGAGCCCCUUCCACUGCGGGGGCGCUGGGAGUGGCAGCGUCGCGGCUGCCGGGGAAGUUAGCAAAAGUGCCCCGGAUUCAGCGCUCAUGGGAAACUCUAUGUUGGUCAAGAAGGAAGAAGAGGAGGAGGAGAGCCACAGGCGAAUCAAGAAACUGAAAACCGAGAAGGUUGACCCCCUGUUUACAGUGCCGGCACCACCGCCGCCGAUUGCCAGCAGUCUCGCACCUCAGAUUCUGCCCUCCUACUUUUCCCCAUCUUCAUCCAAUAUUGCAGCACCCGUCGAACAGCUUUUGGUUCGGACCCGGUCCGUGGGUGUCAAUACGUGUGAAGUCGGAGUAGUGACUGAGCCAGAGUGUCUCGGGCCCUGUGAACCUGGGACCAGUGUCAAUUUGGAAGGGAUCGUGUGGCAUGAAACAGAAGAAGGUGUCCUAGUGGUCAAUGUCACGUGGAGGAACAAAACGUAUGUGGGGACCCUACUAGACUGCACGAAGCACGACUGGGCCCCUCCUAGGUUUUGUGAAUCCCCGACGAGUGACCUGGAGAUGCGAGGGGGCCGGGGCAGAGGGAAGAGAGCGAGGUCUGCCGCCGCCGCCCCCGGCUCCGAGGUCAGCUUCACAGAGUCCAGAGGGCUGCAGAGCAAGAACAGAGGGGGGGCCAAUGGGAAAGGGAGGCGCGGCAGCCUCAACGCCAGUGGACGGAGGACACCCCCAAACUGCGCUGCAGAAGACGUCAAAGCCAGCCCUUGCGCUACCAACAAAAGAAAGAACAAGCCCCCGAUGGAGCUGGAUCUGAACUCCAGCUCCGAGGACAGUAAACCCGGGAAACGGGUCCGCACCAAUUCCAGAAGCACCCCUACCACCCCUCAAGGGAAACCAGAGACUACAUUUUUGGACCAAGGCUGCUCCUCUCCGGUGUUAAUCGAUUGCCCCCACCCAAACUGCAACAAGAAGUACAAGCACAUAAACGGCCUGAGGUACCACCAGGCACAUGCACACUUAGACCCAGAAAACAAGCUCGAGUUCGAGCCCGACAGCGAGGACAAGAUCUCGGACUGCGAGGAAGCCUUGAGUAACGUGGCCCUCGAAUGCGGUGAGCCAGGCCCAGGUGUGUCAGCGUAUGACCAGGUGAAGGCGCCUGCAUCCCCCGGGGCUGGGAACCCCCCUGGGACACCCAAGGGCAAGAGAGAGCUCAUGAGCAACGGCCCCGGUUCCAUGAUGGGCUCGAAAACUGGGAAGAAUGCUGGCAAAAAGAAGGGCCUUCACAAUGAACUGAACAACCUGCCCGUCAUCUCCAACAUGACAGCCACCUUAGACAGUUGUUCGGCCGCGGACGGCAGUCUAGCCGCCGAGAUGCCCAAGCUGGAAGCCGAAGGGCUGAUUGACAAAAAAGGUUUGGGCGAUAAAGAAAAGGGCAAAAAAGCCAACAAUUGCAAACUGGACAAGAACCUCUCUAAACUGAAAAGUGCCCGGCCCAUCGCCCCUGCCCCAGCCCCGACGCCCCCGCAGCUGAUUGCCAUCCCGACUGCAGCCUUCACGUCCACCACCACGGGGACCAUCCCUGGACUGCCCUCCCUCACGACCACGGUGGUCCAGGCUACACCAAAGAGCCCUCCAUUGAAACCUAUUCAACCAAAGCCCACGAUUAUGGGGGAGCCCAUCACCGUGAACCCCGCUCUGGUGUCACUCAAGGACAAAAAGAAAAAGGAGAAGCGGAAGCUAAAAGACAAAGACGGCAAAGAGGCUGGCGGUCCCAAAAUGGAUGCUAAACUGGGGAAGCUGGAGGACCCUAAGGUGGCCGGCAAGGAUUUGUCCGGGCAUUUUUUAAAGGACCAUCUCAGUAAGAGUGAAGGGCGCAACGGAUUGUCAGAGUCUCAGGAGAGCCGCAUGGCCAGCAUCAAAGCCGAGGCCGAUAAGGUUUACACGUUCACGGACAAUGCCCCCAGCCCUUCCAUUGGGAGUGCCUCCCGGAUGGAAUGCAGCACCCUGGUGAACGGGCAGGCGCCCAUGGUCCCCCUGCAUGUGUUGACACAGAACGGGGCCGAGAGCUCAGCGGCCAAGACCAGCAGCCCGGCCUACUCGGACAUAUCGGAUGCUGCCGAUGAUGGUGGUUCUGACAGCAGGUCAGAGGGCAUGAGGUCAAAGGCCAGUUCCCCAUCAGAUAUCAUUUCUAAUAAAGACGGUGUCGUGAAAGGGCAUUCUUCAACUUCAGCACAGUCAUCUCAGCUGAAAGAGUCCCAUUCUCCCUAUUACCAUGGCUACGAGCCUUACUAUUCCCCGAGUUACAUGCACCCUGGACCCGUCGGUGCCCCCACGGCGGGGAAUGGCGGGAGCGCGCAGGGCAUGAAGAUCAAGAAGGAGUCGGAGGAAGAUGCAGAGAAGAAAGACAAGGCCGAGCAGUUAGAUUCUAAGAAAGUGGACCUCAACUCUCCAGCCCUGCAGCCUCAACACCAGUCUGUCAUCACGCAGAGACACCCCGCCCUGGCUCAGUCACUUUAUUAUGGCCAGUAUGCCUACGGGCUCUAUAUGGACCAGAAAUCGCUGAUGGCCACCAGCCCUGCCUACAGACAGCAGUAUGAGAAGUACUAUGAGGACCAGAGGCUGGCUGAGCAGAAAAUGGCCCAGAGUGGGAGAGGGGACUGUGAAAGAAAAGUUGAACUCCCCUUGAAAGAACUGGGCAAGGAAGACCCUAAACAGAAAAACAUGCCAUCGGCCACAAUCUCAAAAGCUCCCUCUACUCCGGAGCCUAACAAAAACCAUUCUAAACUAGGGCCAUCAGUGCCUAAUAAACCUGAGGAGACAGGUAAAUCACAGCUUCUCUCCAGUCACCAGCAGCAGCUUCAGGCCGACAGCUUCAAAGCUAAGCAGAUGGAAAACCACCAGCUUAUUAAGGAGGCUGUAGAAAUGAAGUCUGUCAUGGACUCUAUGAAGCAGACAGGUGUAGACCCAACCUCGAGAUUUAAACAAGAUCCAGAUUCAAGGACAUGGCAUCAUUAUGUAUACCAGCCCAAGUAUCUAGAUCAACAAAAGCCAGAAGAACUUGACAGAGAAAAGAAAUUAAAAGAGGACAGUCCAAGAAAGACGCCUAACAAAGAGAGUGGUGUGGCCAGCCUUCCUGUGUCCUUAACAAACAUCAAAGAGGAGCCCAAAGAGGCCAAGCGCCCUGAUUCUCAGUCAGUGGAGGAGAGCAAGCUGAAGAAUGAUGAUCGAAAGACUCCGGUGAACUGGAAGGACUCUCGGGGGACAAGAGUGGCUGUGUCCUCACCCAUGAGUCAGCAUCAAUCGUACAUACAGUACUUGCAUGCUUAUCCUUACCCACAGAUGUAUGACCCCAGCCACCCUGCAUACCGGGCUGUCUCUCCUGUCUUAAUGCACAGUUACCCUGGGGCCUAUCUCUCUCCAGGAUUUCAUUAUCCUGUUUAUGGGAAGAUGUCUGGGAGAGAAGAGGCAGAGAAAGUCAAUACCAGCCCCAGCAUCAACACAAAAACAGCCAGUGAAGCCAAAGCCCUGGACCUGCUCCAACAUCAUGCCAACCAAUACCGCAGCAAGUCCCCUGCUCCCGUAGAAAAAGCUUCCACGGAGCGGGAACGAGAGGCAGAGCGGGACCGGGAUCGGCACUCUCCCUUCGGCCAGCGGCACCUGCACACUCACCACCACACCCAUGUUGGCAUGGGCUACCCUCUCAUCCCCGGUCAAUAUGACCCUUUCCAAGGCUUGACCUCUGCCGCCCUCGUUGCCUCUCAGCAGGUGGCUGCCCAGGCAUCUGCAUCAGGAAUGUUUCCUGCACAGAGAAGGUAA